AUGCACAGAUCCUACCAGCCGUUAAAACCCGUCACCAACCGAUACCUGCAGCAGCGAUGGGACCACGACCAAUACGAGAACCACCGCAGGAAGGUGAGCUCCGCCCUUCCAGUCGUGGACAACAAGGGCAUGAGGACGCCAGCUCACGUCCAGCUAAAACUCAAAAAACUGCAGCUGCAGGACGAGCGUCUGUCCGUCAUCGACAGAGACAACCGUCUCCUCGCCUCCAAACUGGCCGACAUAGUUUGCUCUAAAGGACUGGUGGACCAUCGGAACCAGUACCACCUGAGGAGUCUGAAUGCAGACAAGAGGAGGGAGGAGCUUCUGCUGGUCGGCCGUCAGAACCAGGCCAUCUACCAGCGAAUCACGUCCCGCCAGUCAGAGUACCGGCGCCAGCUGUGGUUGGAUGACUGGGAGACGACGGAGCACCGGCGGGACGACAUUUCCCGAUUCCCUCGAGGACAGAAACAGAGGUCGAGCAGGAAGGUGAAGUUUGCAGCCGUGGAGGGCAGCGAACGCUCGACGAGCUGCAGCAACACGGACCGGACCGACAGAGAAGCCUGA